AUGACUGGUGAAAUUCAAGAUCAAUCUCAACGUUUACCAAAAAAGAUUUUAUUUACAGCUCUAGGUUGUUUAACAGCGUCACUUUUUGUUUCAUUCUUUGACCAAACUGCUAUCACUACUGCUAUUCCAUCUAUAUCGGAUGACCUAGGAAAUGCACAAUUAUUAAAUAGCUGGAUUGGUUCUUCUUAUUUGAUUGCAAACACAAACUUUCAACUACUUUAUGGCCGAUUUUCUGAUAUAUUUGGAAGAAAGCAAGUUCUUUUAUUUUCAUUAUUCUGCUUAUUUUUUGGAAACUUGAUUAGUGGGUUUUCACGUAAUCCAGAGAUGCUAUUUGUCUUUCGAGGUAUCAGUGGUAUGGGUGGUGGAGGUAUCAAUUGUUUAGUCAUGAUAUCAUUUUCAGAUCUACUAAGUACAAGGGAAAGAGGAAAGUAUUUUGGGUUCGUAGCUGCAUCUACUGCUUUAGGAAAUGGUUUGGGACCAUUAAUCGGAGGAGUUCUAUCUCUGAAGGCUUCUUGGAGAUGGGUACUUUGGAUAACAUGUCCUAUUUCAGUCUUAUCAGGUUUGUUGGUAAUCUUUUUCGUUCCAUUAAAGCAGGUUUCUGGCUCUUUCAAAGAGAAAUUGAGGUUGCUAGACUGGGCUGGAUUCUUAUCUGCUCUUGUCAGUAUUAUAUUGUGCUUAGUUUCUGUUUCUGGUGGGGGUGAGUCUUGGUCUUGGAGCUCAUGCACAUUCAUAGUGCUAAUUGUGAUAAGUGUUGUUGCAUUCGUUGUCUUUGUGAUUUCUGAAAAGUUCUCAAGCCUUCCCAUGAUCCCAUUGAACAUCUUCUGUGAUUUACAAAAAUCCAUUCUCUUCCUUAUCUGUUUUAUUAUGGGUUGGGCAUACUUUGUUGAUAUGUACUAUUAUCCAUUGUACUUGCAAAACGUUAGGGGAUGGUCCCCAAUCAUGUCUGGCCUCCUUCAGUUACCAGCGACAUGUAGUAGCAGCAUUUUUGGAAUUGCGGUUGGAUUUAUAAACUCCAAAACUGGUUAUUAUGUAAGGUGUGUCUGGCUUGGAGGUGCUUUAUGGUGUUUGGGCACAGGUUUAAAAAUCAUGUUUAAAAAAAAUUCACAUAUAGGCUUAUUGAUUGGCUCUAACUUAAUUCAGGGUCUAGGCAUAGCGUUUACAUUUCAGCCUACUUUGCUUGCAUUAUUAUCCCACUCUAGUAGCGAACAGAGAGCUGUAGUUACUGGUCUAAGAAAUUUUUUCCGUUGUUUAGGUGGUGCAGUGGGAAUCAUAUGCAGUGGUAUAAUAUUCAGGGAGAUCUUUAAGAAGAGAUUGAAUAGCAUUCUUGAUGAUAAGACAUUAAUAGACCAAAUCAUUUCAAAUCCAAGCUUAACUCAAAAAUUUACGUCAAAAUAUUUAAGAGAUCAGGUUAUGGAAAAGUACCUUAAUUCAUUUACAGAUAUAAUGAUAAGCCUAACUGCAGUAUCAGGCUUCAUGCUCUUGACUUCGUUGAUAAUUAAAGAUGGGAAGGAUGAUGAAAACAAAUUAUUACCUGAUAUUACGGAUCAGCAAGAAAUUGAACGAAGUGAUAGUUUUGAAGCUUCUUCGACCGUUGAAGUGAUCCUGAAAAGUUGGGAAGCAACAAAAUUCUAG